AUGUCUGAAAACGGUACAGAGACAAUUGCGCCCAAGGCUGUCAUCGAGGACAGAAUCUACGUGGGCAAUGUUGACUUCAAGGCCUCCGAGGAAGAGUUGAAGCUGUUCUUUGAAGGUUUAAAUGUCACCGAAGUUGAUAUUCCUUUUAAGGAAAACGUCCGUGGUGACAAGGUAUUCAAGAGACACUUGGGGUUUGCCUUUGUCCAAUUUGAAACCAAGGAAGAUGCAGACAAGGCUCUUGCCGACUACAAUGGCCAGAAGUUCCAGAGAAGAAACAUCUUCAUCAAGAAGGCUGUUCCUCCUCCUACUGAAGAGGAAAAGAAGGUCAGAGUAGAGGCCUAUAGAGCCAAAAGGGAGGCCCUCUUAGCUGACAAGGUCAAGAAGAAGGCCGAGGCUGCUGCUGCCAAAAAGGAAGCCGAUGGUGCAGCACCAAAGUCCGGAGCCGUGGACUCGUCCAGCGACGACAAGACUCCCGAAGGCAAGGCUUCGAAGGAUACCAUUUUUGUGACCAAUCUCAACUAUGACGUCACUGUCAAGGACUUGAACGUUUUGUUCAAGGACUUGAAGCCCAAAUGGAUCCAUGUUCCUGCUAGAAAGGUCCCCUUGCACGUGUUGAAGAAGAACCACGGUCGUAGAAAGAAUAAGGGUAUUGCUUUCGUUAAGUUUUCCAGCGAAGAAACACAGAAGCAGGCUGUUUCUGAGUUUAACGGAAAGGAAAUCAACGGAAGAGAAAUCAUUGUAGAUAUUGCUAUUGACGCCAGAACUCCAAAGGAAGAAGAUGUAAAGCAGGCCCAAGAAGCCGAAGCU